CCGCUUUCAGUCUGUGCACACUGUGGGCGGGGCUUUAUGACGCCACUGUGUUGGCUCCUCCCCUUCAGGUAUCGCUCCUCCUCCUCUCCGGUUGUGAAGUGUCCGGUGUUCGUCGGUUCCGCGGAGAAGUGAUGGCGGUCAGUACGGGGAUCUCGCUGGCACUCUCCUCCCUGGUGGCGCUCCUCCUUUUCGCUGGGAUGCAGAUGUACAGCCGGCACUUGGCUUCCUCUGAGUGGCUGACUAUCCUGGGCGGCCUCCUUGGAUCCGGAAUCUUCUUCUUCUCCCUCACUGCCUUCAACAACCUGGAGAAUCUGGUGUUCGGUAAAGGUUUCCAGGCGAAGGUGUUUCCCGAAGUUCUCGUCUGCCUCUUCAUCGCCCUCUUUGCCUCUGGAUUGGUCCACAGAGUCUGUGUCACCACAUGCUUCAUCUUCUCCCUGGUGGACUUGUACUAUGUGAAUAAGAUCUCCUCGGGUCUGUACCAGAGUGUGACCCCUGCCGUGACCCCGGGGAAGGUGAUUGGGAAGAACAAGAAGAGGACAUAACCCCCCCCCCCCCCCCCGUGGUACAUUGUGUCCUGUACAAUAAAGAGUUGUUACUUUGUAACA